AUGGCAGACGAUCGUGAAUCAUUCUCAGUUCCCUUUGAGAAAUUAAAUGGACAAAAUUGGGCCGAAUGGAGCCGGAAGCUAAAGGCCUGGCUGGUAGCCAAGGGGUUGUGGGAGGCGACCCAGGGGCCCCCUCUCCCACCACCUGCAGCAGGAGCAGCAGCAGCGGACAUAGCGGCUGCUCACGCGUCGCAGAGGAAAAACCAGAAAGCCCUGGGAGCUAUAGUGCUCAGUUUGGAGGGUUCCCAACUUCCUCUGGUUGAAGGGCUUGAGACUGCUCAGGAGGCCUACCAAGCCCUUGAGAGGGUGCACCACAGAACCACGGCUGGUGCAAAGAUCCACACCACCAGACGCUUAUUUGAGAUGAAGCUGCGUCCCGGUGGGAACAUCAGACAGCAUGUUACUGAGAUGCUUUCUGUUUUCAAUGAGUUGCGCCUGUUACAGGUCAACUUUUCAGAAGAGCUGAAGGUUUAUAUUUUGCUCAGCUCUCUGGACAAAAGUUAUGACAAUUUGUGUCUGUCUAUGGAAUCGAUGAGUCCACAGGAUUUGACGCUAUCGUACGUGACAGGGCGUCUUUCGGACGAACAGGAGAGGCGUGUCCGAGAAGGCAGGUCUGGCGCAGGCAGCUCCACCGGUUGCAGAGGUGGGGGGCAAGCCAGAUGA